AUGGGAAAUGGCUCAAACACGUCAGAAUUUCACUCUUCCAUAUCAAAAACCAAUGACAUCAUCUUAGGAGUGAUCUACACCCUGUUCGGCAUCUUUUCUCUGUCGGGGAACUCCAUGUUGCUGCUGGUGGCCUAUCGCAAGCGCUCUAUGCUGAAGCCAGCCGAAUUCUUCAUCGUCAAUCUGGCGAUCAGUGACCUGGGUAUGACCGGCACGCUCUUCCCUCUGGCUAUCCCCUCGCUCUUUGCUCACAGGUGGCUGUUUGAUAAAGUGACCUGUAAAUAUUACGCCUUCUGUGGGGUCUUCUUUGGGCUUUGCAGCCUGACGAAUCUGACAGUUCUCAGUUCUGUUUGCUGUAUGAAAGUCUGCUAUCCAGUAUACGGAAACAAAUUUUCUUCUUCCCAUUCACGGGUUUUGCUGCUCUGCGUCUGGGCGUACGCAUUUGUAUUCGCCACGGCUCCACUGGCAGAGUGGGGGAGUUACGGACCGGAGCCCUACGGUACAGCCUGCUGUAUAGACUGGACGGCCCCUAACCGGGAGCAUCGAGCCAUGUCCUAUAUCGUGUCCCUGUUCGUCUUAUGCUAUAUCUUACCCUGCACACUGAUCCUCAUCUCCUACACCCUCAUCCUGCUCACUGUGAAAGGGGCGAGGAAAGCCGUACAACAGCACCUGUCACCGCAGAACAAAGGAAGCAACGUACACAGCCUUAUCAUAAAGCUCAGUGUGGCAGUCUGCAUUGGCUUCCUCCUUGCAUGGACUCCUUACGCUGUUGUGGCAAUGUGGGCGGCUUUUGGCGAUGCCAGGCGGGUCCCGACGAUAGCAUUUGCCCUUGCUGCUAUGUUCGCCAAGUCUUCUACCCUCUACAACCCCAUGGUGUAUCUGCUACUGAAGCCAAACUUUUUGAAUGUCGUAACCAAAGACCUGUCCGUGUUUCAGGCUGUGUGCGCCAUGGUCUGUGGCAUCUGCCGAACCCCCGUGAAGCAAACGCCAUGUAUACACCAGGAUGUCAGGAACCCUUUUAUGGAGAGCCACUGCUGCAUUGAAACGUUUGAGUGCUUUGGUAAUUACCCACAAUGCUGCAGUUUGGGCCAGAUGGACAUGGGCCACCCUGCUGGCCUCACUCUGGUCAAGGCUCAACCAGCUAAUGUCGUGUCGACUUCCUCAGUUCAUCUCGUGGUACAUUCCUCCAGAACUAAAUCCACCCUGGAAACGGUGGAGAUCACAACAGAGUCUCUGCCACCAGAUUGUACAAAAGACUUUCUGUGA